GGAAUACUUUUGUGUGCAUUUGUGUGUAAAAUCAUGAAUGAAUUAUUAGAGACAAAUAAUUAUUUAUAAAUUUUCUUCCACGUUUUAAAAAACUUUAGUUUAUGGUAAUUACCGGUGGCAUUUCUCAUUAGUUUACUUGGGAUGAAGAACUUUCUGUCUAUAAUCACUAAGCAAAUGCUCUGGAACAAAUGUUGUGAGAUCAAACAGGUAAAAACUAAGUUGUCUUGCAGACACAUUGCGCACAAUCACCAAAUGUUAAAUGUUUUCCAAGCACAGUAAAACAACCCUCUCAGUCGAUCCAAAGUAUUGCUUUUGUAGUUGUCUUUAUGCAGAAAAAAGACAAUCUGUAAACCAGCGGUUUCUUCGAACAGGCGUGCAGGUCGGAAUAAACCCACAAAACUCCAAGUGGCUAUAAUUUAAUUGAUUUUAUCAUAAAUCACUGACAGUCCAGAGAGAAGACCAGAAGGAAAGAGCAAUUUAAAGUACAAUGCAGUCUGUCAACUAGGUCAUAAAGCUACAAAUACGUAUAUGCAUAAAAUUUAUUUUUAUUUUAUUAUUUAUUUCCUAGUAGUAGAGCAGUAUAAUUUAAUGUUAUUAUAAUUAUUGCCUAAAUCUGUCAAUAUGCUACAAAAGUAAUAUGCUACAUAAUUUUACAAAGCUUAACUUUCCACAUGCCACACAAACAGGGGCAGACCUGGUUGCUAUUACUCUAAGUUAAAAUCAGUUUCAAAUGCCUCUAACAGGAUGGAGUUGAAUGUUUUCUGCUCAUUUGUCAGAUUGGUGAGGUUGGCAGUUUUGAGGACCCUAGGGGCAUAGGCCUUGGUUGACCCAAAGACCCUGACUCUUCCUCAGUCAGUGUCUUUAUUCAGAAAAAAGUUAAAUAUUAUCCAUCCCAUGCACAGAUGGUCCUUAAAAAUUAACUUUGUGUUCGAAUGGCUGAAGGUGCCACUUUUAAGAAAAGAUAAUUUGCAUGUGUACUAUUUAAGCUUUGGGCAUUGCGCACGUUGUAGUUUUGUAAACUAUUCAAAGAGAUUCGUCAGAUAAACUUUAUAAGGCAAAAUAAUUCAGAACGGGUAUUAAAUGGUUGUAGUGCUAAUGAAAACAUGUGGGAGUGCUCAUUUAAAAAAAACCUUAUGACGCCACGUCAAAAUAUCUCAAUAACUGAUGAAUUAAUUAGCAUGUUAGAGAUGAUAUUCGCGGAUCGCUGUGAGCAUCAUGCACAGGUCAGAACGAGACAUUUGUAAUGCAGAAAUCUUUAGUUAAGGCUAUGUGCGUGGGUGUCAAAAACCAAGCCCCCUACCCAUUCAUUUUGCCUGUGAGAGUAGAAAAGAUUGGCCACAGAAGGCCUAGCGUAUAUCCAGCGGCCUCACACUGAAGUUUGUGGUGUUGAAAGUUGCGUGUCAUCCGCCAGAAUGCAAGAGAAAAGAAGACAUAUCUAGCCGCUCCCAGUUUAAAACAGCCUCCUCUCUCGGCAUUUGGGUAUUCUAAGCGUUCGAGCUCAUUUCAUUUGAAAGCUUUGGAAUCCAACGAACGGACUUGAUGAAAGCACGCCAUUUCUGUGAUGGGGAGGCGAUAUAAAUCUUUCUUCUGGUUGACACACGAUAAAAUGGGGCAGAAGACAUUAAUUACGAUCAAUUGUGGAUUAUAAAACCUUAUAUAAAAGUGGAUUUAUUAGACAAUGAGAAGAAUUGUUUCGUCUGACGUAUGCGUGUCAAGUAGGCUAAGUGAAGGAUUCAAGGGCGCUUUAUUUUGGAUUUGAAGAGAGGGUCUCUGGUAUCGCCCAGUCACUAACUCUACUGUUCACAACCGCCUGGUAAUUGCACAACAAAUGGGAUGUGGUCAGCUUUGCGCGAACUUCCAGAAGGUGCCAAAGUGGCUUUUUGAGAGCCUGUGAACGUAGAGGACGAGAGAUUAAUACAUAAAUGUAAGACAUUACAAGGGGAUUCCAAACUACUUCUCAUUAAUCAUUAAUCUGUUCCUUCUCGCUCUCAAGAAGCUGUAUCCUUGCAUAAAAUCAAGAAGUGAUAAAGGAACUCUCGGUCAGCUUCCAAGAGGCCAUUGGAAAGAGACCGUCACGUGACAUCUAGUGCCAAUGUUCUUCCAGAAGGUCGUCAGGACCCUGGUAGCCGGUAACUCGACAUUUGGAAAUGCAGAAAACGACCUACUACGACAACUCGACACUUUUUGGAGGUUACUCGUACCAGGGGGCAAACGGUUUUGGCUAUGAUGCCCCGGCUGCAGCCUUCCAGAACUCAGCGCAUCUUGAGGGCGACUACCAAAGGUCUGCGUGCUCCCUACAGUCGCUCGGCACUAGCGCGCCCCCGCAGCCUCAGCAUGCCAAGACGAAAGAGCUUAAUGGCAGCUGCAUGCGGCCCAGCCUGCCACCUGAACACCACCCACCCCCCCAGGUUUCCCCUCCUCAGAACCCUGUAAACGUUGCUGCCUCUAAUGCCACCCAACAGCCAGGUGGUAGCAGUGUUGCUGGUGGUGGGACCGGCACCGGAGGCACGGCCAAAUCAACGUCCAAGUCAUCCUCUCUGGCCUCAAACCCAACGCUCACCAAACAAAUCUUUCCCUGGAUGAAGGAAUCACGUCAGAACACCAAGCAAAAAAACAGCUCGCCCAGUGCAAGCUCAGCUAACGCGGAGAGCAGCGGUGGUGAGAAAAGCCCUCCGGGUUCUGCAGCUUCCAAGAGAGCACGCACCGCUUACACCAGCGCACAGCUGGUGGAGCUGGAGAAGGAGUUUCACUUCAACAGAUACCUGUGCCGGCCACGGCGCGUGGAGAUGGCCAAUCUGCUCAACCUCAGCGAGAGGCAGAUCAAGAUUUGGUUUCAGAACAGGCGGAUGAAGUACAAGAAAGAUCAAAAGUCAAAAGGCAUGGGGUCAUCUUCAGGAGGACCGUCACCCACAGGAAGUCCACCCCUCCCAAUGCAGUCUUCAGCCGGUUUCAUGAACUCCAUGCACUCAAUGGGAAGUUAUGACGCUCCCUCCCCUCCAUCUUUCAACAAACCCCAUCAAAACGCAUAUGCCAUGUCAACAGCCUAUCAGAACCCAAUGAAAGGUUGCCCGCCACAACAGAAGUAUGGAAACACUGCUCCGGAUUAUGACCCACACGGGCUACAGGGUAAUAGUGGCACCUACGGGACACCAAACAUGCAGGGUAGCCCCGUGUACGUGGGAGGCAGCUAUGUCGAUGCCAUGCCUGCCACUGGGCCUUCUAUGUACGGCCUCAAUCACCUACCGCACCACCAGACGGCUAGCAUGGACUACAAUGGUGCCACACAGAUGUCGGCGAACCAGCACCAUGGACCGUGUGACCCACAUCCGACAUACACGGAUCUGUCUGCGCACCAUCCUUCUCAGGGUAGAAUCCAAGAAGCACCCAAGUUGACUCAUCUGUAGCAGGUUUGGACAAAAGAGAUAACAGAAAGAAAUGAAAGGAAGACAAAUGAAACAGACUAACCCAUGGGACGAUGCAAUGGGGUUGAAAAAUAUGAUCCAGUGGUUUCUUGCCAUGAGUAGAACACCCGGUUUGUGUCAAUGUUGUCUUACCAUUCAUGUGUGUGAACACUCCAAUUUUACAUGAAUUUCAUAUUCACAAGUCUAAAAACCCCUUUAAAGUGGAAAACUUCAUGAACAGUGUGUAAAAAUGGCUAGUUUAUGCCACGGAAUAGAUUGCCUAGCUGUAUGACCUCAUUACAUCAUCGUAAACGUUUGUGUACUUCAGCAUUAUCGCUGCAUUCCUUACACUUGGAGGGUGGUACGGCAAAUCCUACAUUUAAACUUACUGGCGCAAGAAAACCACUGGAUUGUUUUUUUGUCCACUACCCUUAUUUCACAUACCUCUUCUUUUUUAAAUUUCUCACGAACAGUCAGUUUUUUAUUAACUUGUUCCCAAAACAACAGCAAACUGCACAUUGUUUUUAGCAAGACGUGGUGAUCAAGAUUUUCAUCUCUUUAUCUAUUUUAAAGGGUUGAAAUCCAUUUUAAACUAUGCUACCUAUCCCUAAUAAUGAGAAGUAAAAUAGAAAUUUGUUAUGACUUUGACACAGGGUAAAAAGGAGAGUUGAGAAUUGUAGUAAAUUAAAGCUCAUCCCCUUGUUCUCAACUCACUGUCCCCUCCCUCUUUCCCUCCCUUUCCCAAUUCUCUUUCUUUCCCAAUAUUGGGUUUGCCUACAUUAGUCUACACUAAUACGAAAGGCCCACAUUUUCUCAAGUCUUGACUUAGAAAACUAGGAAACAGGGUAUAUUUGAACAAAAAUGCAUGUCCGGGAUACCAAGCUAUGGCGCAGACGUCUCUGUUUACGCCUAAUACGCUCUCGUCUGGGCAUCAUUGUUGCACUUAGAGUUUACAUUUAAUGGGUGAGGAAGAAAAGUAAAUCUUAUUUUGAAUCGAAAGGCCUUCAAUCAGCGUCUUUCGCUAAGUGUGUUCAAGUGAACAUUCAUAAAUAUAUAUUUAUUUGUUAUAGCCAGUUUAAAUACUUUCUUUUUUGUAUUAUUUAUCCCCAUGUAUUUAUAUCGACAAAAAUGUACUUUUUUAGUAUCUACCUGUUAUAAAAGACGUUGUGUUCUUGUCAUUGUAACAAGUUAUUUUUUAGUUCUUGUAUUUUAGAGAUAUGUAGGUUUAUGUUACCCUUGUAUAAAUAAUGUCUUGACUUGUACAGGGGGCGCAAGAACGAAAUCAAAACGUUCCUGCGUAGUCGAGAAUUAGACGGAAGAUAGCAAAACAUUUUCAAAACUUCAUUUGUCCUUUGUAACUACUUUUAUUUCCUUGUUAAGAGUUGGUUGUUGAACAAUUCUUUAAUAAAAUGUUAUGUUAUUCAUU